UUACCCGAGGGCACGAGUUGAAACUUCGUAGCGGUUUUGAAACGUCCAGCUCGGUUGAGCUCGAAUGGUACCCCCCUGAACCCAAUUCUUACAGCGGGGACGUACUAGCCGGGUACCUUCUCACCACGGAAUCAACAGUGCAUUUCUCCGAAACUACACUACAACCAUCAAUGCGCAUUUUCAACGUCACGGAACUGAAACCAUGGAUGGAAUACAACAUCAUUCUGAGGCCUUUUUACGAAAGCGCCGCCCGCACGAAACCUUCACGCCGCUUCGGAAGGGCUGAAAUGGUAAAGAUACGCACGAUGGCCGCAGCUCCGUCUGCGCCAAGAGAUUUGAUUGUGACUUCGGUUCAAGAUCGCUCAGUCACUGUAGAAAUCAUUGAACCUGUGGCUUGGAACGGCGUUCCUGUCGGAUAUCGCUACGGCUGGGGUCCUGGUCAGGAAGAACGGGACAUAGACAUCGGUGGCGAAAACUUUGACGGCAAGAAUGCUGUCGUCACUGUGUCAGGCGAGCCGGGAAGGCCUAUCCUAUUUUACGCCAUUGCGCGUUCCGCGGAUGAAUCUGGCAACGAGCUGCGUGGACCCAUGGCAACUGUCAGCACCAGUACACUCGCACCAGCCCCUUCAGGCCUCACGAUCACUACGCUUAGUUUGAACCGGGCGCUUAUUACAUGGCUACAGCCAGGACGGAUAAAAGAGUACAAGGCAAACAUGAACCCAUCACACUUGAUGGCCCUGGGCACUCGCUGUUAA